UGGUAGAGCAAUUUGUUUUUCUUUAUCAAAAUCACACAAAAUCUUCUUUAUUUGUUAUUUAAUCCUUCCUUCAUCCUCAGGUUUCUUUCGAUUCGUUGAGUAAUUCGAUUAGUAAAAAUCUAGGGCUCUAUUUUUCUUGUCUCUGUUUCUGGGUUUGUUCUCGAUGACUUAUCACGAGGAAGACGAUACAGUUUCUGAAUUUCGAGUUAGAGUUGAAGAAGAUGGAGUUGAGAAAUUAGGGCAUUAUGUUAAACUUACUGAGGAAGAUGAUCCAUCACCGUCUUCUUCUUCUUCUUCUUCUUCUUCUUCUUCUUCUUCUUCUUCAUGUGGACAGAAACGAUCUGUUUGGUUUUGGAUCAAGCUUGGUCUUUUCUUAACAUUUCUAACUGCUUUGGGUCUCGCUGGUUACAAAUGGCUCGCUCCUUUAAUCAUGGAUAAGGAGCUAAUCCCUCUCAUAAAAUGGGAGAUGGAGACAUUUACACACCCGGUGUGCGGUAUUCUUGUGUUUGCAUCGGUGUCAUUAUUCCCUGUGAUACUUAUUCCAACUACGCCGUCAAUGUGGGUGGCUGGGAUUACAUUUGGUUAUUUCUAUGGCCUUCUCCUUACUCUUCCAGCUGUAGCUAUUGGUGUUUCACUUCCUUACUUCAUCAGCUAUCUCUUCCUCAACAAAAUUCAAGGUUGGUUAGAAAGAUAUCCAGAUCAAGCUGCAAUGUUGAGAGCUGCUGGUGGAGGUAGUUGGUUUCACCAGUUUCGAGCUGUAACCUUAAUCCGGAUUUCUCCAUUCCCUUUUCCUCUUUAUAACUAUUGCGCUGUUGCAACUCGUGUAAAGUUCGGUCCUUACAUGGCUGGUUCUCUCGUAGGCAUGGCGCCAGAGAUUUUCGUCGCAAUUUAUACAGGGAUUCUUAUAAGGGCAUUGGUAGAUGCAUCCACUGCGGAACAAGAGGGUCUCUCGAUUCUUCAGAUUGUUCUCAACAUUCUUGGUUUUGUAGCAACUGUUGUGACAACUGUUCUCAUCACUAAGUAUGCGAAAAGACAGCUUGAAGUUAUGAAAAAGGAGAAGGAAGCUUUGUUGUUACAGUAAUGGAGACAACAACCUCAGAAGUUUUGUCUCUGCUUAUUACCAAAGUACAGGUUUUGUCCAUGAUGUGAAAAAACUAGAUUUUUGUUUGGUCAAAUGUUUUGGUUUGUCAUUACAAACGAGAAAUGAAAGGGUAGAAAAGAAAAAUUAUAAUGACUAAAAACACACAAAAUUCUCUAACACGAUCUUAUAUGUGUUUCUGGUA